AUGGAUCAUCAAAUAGUGGUGGCAUUUCUGCUUAUUCUUUUAUCACUAAGAAUCUAUGGCAAAUCGGAAUGCAUGCAAAUUAUUGGUACUCUUGUUUGUCCUCAAAAAUCUAUGCUAGCAGGAAAUGUGCAAAUUGAUUUGAAGGACGAAGAUUCACUGCCAUGGGAAAGCCACGAUCAGAUGGGUCGAACUUGGUCUCAUGCUGAUGGUUCAUUUAUGAUUUCUGGAUGUGGGGCUGAUUUUGGUCCAUUCAAUGAACCAGAUCCAUAUAUUAUUAUUGAACAUAAAUGCCCCAGUGUUUUAAGGUCAACAAUAGGAAAUAUUGGUUCAACAAGAAAAACGCAAUUUGCGUUAACUAAAGUAUUUAUGCCAAAAAUCUUAAAUAUUGGUAAAAUUUUUCUGGAUGAUUCGGAUUUGUAG